AUGGAACUUUUCGAUAGCUUCAAAGACGGUCGUGAUCCACGCAUGAUUACAACGAGCAUCGCUGCCGCUACAGCACUGGCCCUAUAUGGCGUGUACUAUUGCACGAGAGCUUUUGCCGCACAAACUCGCGGGAAGCCUAUCAAUGAAAUCCCAGCUGUAGACGGUGCCAUUCCAUACUUUGGUCAUAUGUUUCAAAUCCCCAAGGAACUGCCCAUGUUGAAAUUUCACGAAUGGCAUCAGAGAUAUGGCUCUAUAUUCCGGAUGAACUUGGGAGUCAAGCCAUGGAUAGUAAUAGGAAAUCGUCACAUCGCACACGACAUUCUCAAAAUCAAUGAUGAUGUGACCUCUGGUCGUCCGUAUCAUCACUAUCUGUCACAUUAUCAUAUGAUUAACAGAGGAGGUGUUUCUUUCAGAAAUCCUGAUGAACGAUGGAGAAGAUACCGCGCAAUCGCGCAAACGAUUUUACGACCACAAAACGUCGCUGCCAUGACGCAGACAAUCGAGUUUGAGGCUUGUAGAGUGAGCGAUUUAUUGCUCAAGGGUACAACAGCAGCAGGAGUCAAUACUGUCAAGUAUAUGCAACUUCUUACACAAAAUGUGAUCACGAAUGCUCUAUUCGGGAUUACGAUGGAAUCAUUGGAUGAUCCGCUAUACAAAUGCGUCAUUGGUCUUGUAGACAAGUCGAUCAAGUGGGCUGGUCCUUUGGAAGAUAUAUACACCUUUUUACCUAUACUUGCCCAGAUUAUGGAUAUCUUUACGAGCAAUCAGAAAAAGAUGGCAGAGCUAAUAGAGAACAAGCGGAACCCAGUCUAUCGUCGGUUGAUACAGCAAGCGCUCGAACAUGGCAGACCGUGUCUCGUAAAGGAUAUGUAUAUCAACAAUGAGCAAUACGAGUUCGAUGACGAUGACAUCUUGGUCUUUGUAUCGAACAUGGUGAACGCAGGUACUGAGACUGUCGCAAUGGCUCUUUCUUGGACGGUUCUUAUAUUAUCUCGAUACAAGGAUGUACAGAAAAGACUCCAGCAAGAAGUUGAUGCAUUUAUUGCACAGUACAACAGAAUGCCGGUUUACGAAGAUAGGGAGAAUUUGCCACUAUUGAUUUCCGUCCAAAAAGAAUGUCUACGCUUCAGACCCCCAAUGCAUUUUGCGCUUCCACGAGAAACUACUGAAGAUCUUGAGUAUAAGGGCUAUCAUAUUCCUAAAUCAACAGUGUUGCUCGCCAAUACGUUCACGAUGAAUUUUAGCGAAGAAUACUAUGACGAGCCGGAAAAGUUUAUAGCAGACCGAUUCUUGAAGGACCAGAGACCUUUCGCUGUUUCAGCUAGCGCAAGCCCUGAAAAGAAACGCGACCAGUUUGUCUUUGGUUGGGGAAGACGGCUCUGCCCAGGAGCACAUUUGGCUGACGUCGAAUACUUUGCGAUGAUGGUUCGCAUUCUAGCUACUAUAAACAUUGAGCCACCAUUAGAUGAUAAAGGUGAACCGGUGCAUGGAGAUCUAAACGCUUUUCGCGAUGCAGGUCUUGUUGUUGCUCCUCUAGAGUCACAGCUUCGAUUUAUCCAACGACCCGAUAAGCUUAUUUAACAAAACUACUUGUAAUAAAUCAGUGGGUGACAAUGAAGAUAGUGGGGAACGCUAAUACACCCUAUUGCUUUCAAUAAAGCUGUAUGCAUAAAUUAAUCGGAAGUAGUCAAGAUACUCUAAAGCUUCACUCUCGAUAGUUUCGAACAUAAGAUUGCCCUUUCAACCUUAAGUGCUAUAGCCAUAGUAUUCCCAAAUGUGCUAAUUUACUAAAUGGACUAAACGGUGACCAUGGCAACGCAUCAUAGUAGUACGAAG